AUGCAGUCGUCUUUGCCAGGAACAGUACCUCGAAUGAUGCGACCAGCGCCUGGACAAAACUAUCCCCGCACUGGCUUCCCUUUGGAAGUGUCAACUCCCCUGGGUCAAGGUCGGGUAAACCAACUCGGUGGAGUGUUCAUCAACGGAAGACCACUGCCAAAUCAUAUCCGACACAAGAUAGUGGAGAUGGCCCACCACGGUAUCCGUCCCUGCGUGAUCUCUCGACAGCUACGAGUUUCCCAUGGUUGCGUGUCCAAAAUUCUUUGUCGGUAUCAAGAAACGGGAUCAAUCCGACCCGGGGCAAUAGGAGGAAGCAAACCCAGACAGGUAGCAACGCCCGAUGUGGAGAAACGGAUUGAGGAGUACAAGCGCGAGAAUCCCGGCAUGUUCAGCUGGGAGAUCCGAGACAAGCUGCUGAAGGACGGGGUGUGUGACAGAAGCACAGUUCCUUCAGGUGAGGCCUCAUCUGUGAGUUCCAUUAGUCGUGUUCUGAGAGCUCGAUUUGGGAAGAAAGAUGAUGAAGAAGAUUGUGAUAAAAAAGAUGAAGACGGGGAGAAGAAAACUAAACACAGCAUCGAUGGCAUUCUUGGCGAUAAAGGUAGCCGUAUGGAUGAAGGCUCAGAUGUGGAGUCGGAGCCGGACCUUCCCCUGAAGAGGAAACAGAGGCGCAGUCGCACCACUUUCACGGCCGAACAGCUGGAGGAGCUGGAGAAGGCCUUUGAGAGGACACACUAUCCCGACAUCUACACCAGAGAAGAGCUGGCCCAGAGGACCAAGCUCACAGAGGCCCGUGUACAGGUGUGGUUCAGCAACCGACGGGCCAGGUGGCGUAAGCAAGCGGGAGCCAAUCAGCUGGCGGCAUUCAAUCACCUGUUGCCGGGCGGAUUCCCAGGCAGCGGCAUGCCCACGCUACCCACCUACCAGCUCCAAGAUUCCGGCUACCCCACAACCACACUAUCACAAGACGUUAGUGGCACGGUUCACCGCCCUCAGCCAUUACCACCGUCCACCAUGCACCAGGGAGGGCUGUCGGGCGGGGAUGGCGGCUCGGCCUACGGCCUGUCGUCCAACCGUCAUGGCUUCUCCAGCUACUCCGACUCCUUCAUGAGCCCCUCGGCACCCAGUAACCACAUGAACCCCGUCAGCAACGGCCUCUCCCCACAGGUGAUGAGCAUCCUGAGUAACCCCAGCGGCGUGCCCUCACAGUCCCAGCAUGACUUCUCCAUCUCGCCCCUCCACGGCAGCCUGGAGUCGUCCAACUCCAUCUCGGCCAGCUGCAGCCAGCGCUCCUCAGACCAGUCCAUCAAGACGGUGGACAGCAUGGCAUCCUCCCAGUCCUACUGCCCUCCCACCUACAGCACCACCAGCUACAGUGUGGACCCUGUUACCGCCGGCUACCAGUACAGCCAAUACGGACAGACUGCUGUGGACUACCUGGCGAAGAACGUGAGCCUGUCCAGCCAGCGGAGGAUGAAGCUGGGAGACCACUCAGCUGUUCUGGGACUACUCCAGGUGGAAACGGGACAGGCCUACUAG